UGUUCGUCAGAAACCGGUUUUAUUCUGUUUGUUUAUUUCUUUUCGGUGCCCCGUCUGAUUUCCGGAUUUACCAAAUUUAGACUGCAGUGGCCGAUUGCAGAGGCCACACGUGUGUACGUGUUAUCAAUUCGAAAACAAAAUAUAUAUAUUUUGUUAAUAAUAAACCCUUCAAACUGGCCGCCAUGGACGAUUUCUUCAAUAAAGUAAAGCGAAAAUAUCCCAACAUCUACGACGACUUGAAGGCUAUCUUUAAAAAUGCCCAAAACGACUCACCGCAACGUUCCAUGACGCUCUCCCAAAUACGUGCUGCCUAUAGUCAGCGGACCGGUGAGGAUUUUCCUGUCAAGGGAGGCACGCGAACCCAAAUGUGCUUCAUCCUGACAAUCCCUUAUGUCGCUUGCUUCACCAGCCAAAUUGGCACUUUGCGUUUCUUCACCAUCGAAGCGAACUGAGCUAUAAAAUACAACAAAAUUCUAGUCAUAAUUGUGCAAUUUCUAUGUAAUUUAGUGGUAUACGAACUGAGAAUAAAUAUGUACUCGAAGCGAAUGAGGAGAUCAUUUUAUUUAUA